AUGGAAGCUUACAACUCUAACGGCCACAAUGCUUUCGUUCCGGGAAAUGAACCGCAAGUAGGAUCCGCCGUGCCUGACUGUCGCCCAGACCAUUCUUUUGUGGAAGACCUAUGCCAAGCAUGCUCACAAGGUCAGCUAGACGAGUUCAAAAGACUUGUCACACAAUGGAAGAGCACAAGACUAGUAGCUUCAGCACCUCCAGGCCCACAGCUUUUGAUAGCGACCUUGGAGCCUGUCCUUUGCUUUGCAAUUCGCCAACAUCAAACCCAGAUCGUAUCAUACCUACUUGACGAAGGCAUGGAGGUUAGUGUGCUUGCAGAAGUAGAAGCCGCCGACUGCAAAUGCGACUCAUCUAUGUGGGAAGUGUUUCUUAAUCAUGGGUGGGACAUCAACAAUUCACACAGCGCGGCCGAUGCGCCUGCUUUAGGUUGGGUGUUUUAUGACAUUGAUGUUGUCAGGUGGUUUUUAAGCCACGGCGCGGAUCCCAACGCCGAGGCCCGAUACGGCUGGACCCCUUGGUUGCGUGCUGUAGUGUGGGCACCCUUGGAGAUAGUCAAGUUGCUGCACGAGGCGGGCGGCCGGCUGGAUUUGGCUGUGCCAUAUGUGUGCUUCGGUCUUGCGAACCGACGCAACGCACACAAAUACCCAGACCGUCUAGAGGUUUUAAGAUACUUACUCGAUAACGGCGCCGAUAUUAAUGCUCGGAUGUGGUCGCACAACCAUUACGGACGAAGCAGCCACUUCGAUUGCGGCUCGGCUUUGAACAUAGCCCUGCUUGGCGGACAAGAUGAAAUAGCCGAGGAACUCCUCAGUCGUGGAGCCCGCACUGACAUCGCAGCAGAGGAAAGAUUAGCAAGUAAUACUGCAUUGGAGUAUGCGAAGCAGGGUGCACCGCACCUGUUACCGAAGGUGGAAGAUUAUAGGAGGCGAGAGCUUCCUGAAGAAGCGAAGAAGGCAGACUCAAGUUCCCCUUGA